UGAAUCGCUUAUAUAUCCCAAUUUUCACAACCCCUCAUAUUUCUUCACAUUCACAGAACACAAUCAAUUGCAUAGAGACAAAGACAAGAAGAUGGGAGAAGAAGAAGGUUGCGAAUGCAGGCCACUGGGUUUCUUGCUCGGAUUGCCCUUUGCUCUUUUGGCUUUGAUUUUAUCUCUUGUGGGUGCAGUUAUCUGGGUUCUUGGAUCUAUAUUGAGUUGCUUGUGCCCAUGUUGCAUUUGCUGCGCUGGAUUGGCUAAUUUGGCAGUGAGUCUUGUAAAGCUUCCUGUAAAAGUUCUUAGAUGGUUCACUCGUCAAAUUCCUUGCUAGAGCAUAAUCUUUCCCCUUUUUGAUUCUUUUGUAGCAAUACUUGGGUCCUUGUAUUGCCUCUUUUUUUUUUUUUAUCUUUGUUGGGAUUUGCCUAUUGUUUGAUUCAUUGGAUUUGUUACGAUCAUCAAGCGUUUAUAAGUUUAUUCUUUCUUGUGAUCUAAAUUAUGCGUUUCUCUCGUUCUGUCUAAACAAUAAAAAUAAAAAUAUUGAUGUUGGUAUUUCA